GGAAAAGCCGGGCGGCGGGAGCUGGUUCUUCGGGCCUAGCGCCUCCGCCGCAGCGCGCAGGAGCCCCGCGGGUGGAUGCGGGCUGAGGUGUUGCUUCUGCCCUGCAGGGCCGGGCUGCGGCUGCUCCCGCCGCUGCGGCUGCGGCACCGAGCGCCGGGCGUCAUGAGGCUGCAGUCCCCACAGUUCCAGGCGCUCUUCACGCCGGGGCUCCGCAGCGUGGCAGAAAUGUUUGAGAAGAAGAACUAUGAGCUGAGGAUAGCAGGAGGUGCUGUGAGGGAUUUACUGAGUGGAAUGACACCACAAGAUGUAGAUUUUGCCACUACAGCUACACCAGCAGAGAUGAAGGAAAUGUUCACAUCUGCUGGUGUUCGUCUCAUCAAUAACAAAGGAGAAAAACAUGGAACCAUUACUGCCAGGCUCCAUGAACAGAAUUUUGAAAUUACUACUCUUAGAAUAGAUGUUGUCACCGAUGGACGACAUGCAGAGGUGGAAUUCACCACUGACUGGGAAAAGGAUGCUGAAAGGAGGGAUCUGACUAUCAAUUCCAUGUUUUUAGGUUUGGAUGGAAUGCUGUAUGAUUUUUUUAAUGGAUAUGAAGACUUGAAAAACAAGAAAAUUAGAUUUGUAGGAAAGGCAACUGAGAGAAUACAAGAAGAUUAUUUACGAAUCCUAAGAUAUUUGAGGUUUUAUGGAAGAAUCGCAGAGAAACCUGGUGUUCAUGAAUCUAGUACACUGCAAGCAAUUAAAGAAAAUGCCAAAGGUUUGGCUGGAAUAUCAGGAGAAAGGAUUUGGGUGGAACUGAAAAAAAUUCUUCUUGGAAACCAUGUAAAUCACUUGGUUCAACUUGUGUAUGAGCUGGAUAUUGCCCAAUACAUAGGACUACCACUUGAUGGAGAUUUAGAGGAAUUUGCCAGAGUCACUAAAAACAUUCAAAAUCUGUGUCCGAAACCGAUGACUGUUCUGACAUCAUUGUUCAAGGUGAAGGAUGAUGUCACAAACCUUGAUCUGAGGCUGAAAAUCUCAAAAGAAGAAAAAAACCUUGGCCUUUUUUUGAUGAAGCACCGGCAAGAGUUAACCAAAGCUAUGGGUCCAGAGCCACUUAGACCUUAUCAGGACUUCAUAAUGGAUUCUAGGGAAGCUAAUACAAAUUCCAAGAUCUGCGAGCUUCUGAAAUACCAAGGAGAAGAUCAUCUUUUAAGGGAGUUGCAGCAAUGGACUGUUCCUUCCUUUCCUGUUAGUGGCCAUGACUUAAGAAAAAUGGGCAUGUCUUCUGGAAAAGAAAUUGGAGCAGCAUUACAGCAGCUAAGGGAUGAAUGGAAGAAGAGUGGGUACCACAUGGACAAAGAAGAACUGUUAAGUUGCCUGAAGAAGCUGUAAAAUUGAGUGAGAGAACAGUUUUUGUCGUAUUCAAAGUGUAACACAGAUACCAGUAAAUAUUUUGGCACUGUACUCGCAGCUGAUUGAUGAGUGUUUGUCAUAUUUAAGAUCUUCAGACACUGCGGUUCUCCUGGUACUAAUUCAUAAUUUCUGCAAGGAGAGGUUUAAUUUUGUAGUGAUGCAAGACAUUCUCUACCUCUUGUAGUUGUAUUUUAAUGAUAAAUAUUUACUACUUGACUCUGGGCUGUUAGAGGUGACAUCAAAAUUUUUCUCAUUCUGACUUUGCUCUGUCUAAACAAACCCACCCCCCCCUCAAGAAAAGGUGUUUCUAUCCUCUACAUAAAAUCAUUCUUUUGUGUCUAGGAGAGUGACAGUGUCUAGAAAUAAUGAGCUCUCAGUCUUUUUGUAGUUAAAGCUAGCUAGCAGAUUGAAAUACUGCAGCAGUGCCCAGACAGUCUUAACCAUGUAAAACAAGUCUGUUUUCUAUAAGGAUUUUUAUUUUUCAGACUCAAUUUUAGAUUAAAUGGAUGACUUCUUAGCUUACUCAGUGUUAUGAACUACUUCUCUCUUUGGUUGUUUUUCAGUAAUUUGUGUAUCACUGAAUAACUCAAUCCAUAGAAAACUGGUGAAGGGUUCUGCAGUAUGUUUUCAACAUUGUGUGUGAAAUGUAGUGUGAAUGUUAAUAACAGAAGGGGAAGAAGAUCCUGGUUACCUGCCUUUCCCCAGCCAUGUCCUGUACUUAACUUCUGCUUUCUCUUUCCUGGUGAGCUGUAAGUAGAAUUGAGGUGGCAGCAUUGGUGUGCCCAGACAGUGUGGACCUGGGUUGAGUCCUGCAGCUCUGUCACCUUCAGAGUCCUAACACUUGAGCAAGUACUAGUGCCUUCAGUAAUUCUCCACACACCUUCUGUAACUCCAGCAGUGAGACCCAGAGGUAUUCAUCUCCUCUCUGGUUUGCAGGCAUUCUGUUUAAAUCAGCAAGGUUAUUUUGGGAAGAAGUUGUAAUGUUCCUUCUACUCUCCCUGUGUUGCUUCUGUGUUAAUUAUUUGUACGUAUCUUCUGUCUGAGCAGACCUAUGUUAAAACUGCAGUCUGAAUGUGUUCAAAAGGAAAUUCUAAAUAAUUUGCACCUUCAAAAUUAAUAAAUACAUUGGUAACAUUUGGAAAAUAUGAGAAUUAAAGGCUAUUAGUUAAAGUAGAUGGAGGAAGGAAACCUACACAGAGAAAGGGAUUCUGAAGGUAUGUAGGAACUGCAGGAAGACAGCAAGGGAAGAAAAAAAAGAAGUGCUCUUUUUCUCUGUUAAAUAUGCAAAUCUCAUAAGAACAUGGUGGUGUUUAAUUAUGACAUUAAAUUGAAGCCUCCUUGUGCAAUUUAUUGAGCUACUGAAAUCUUAGAGGGAGAGAAGUAAUCAACUGUAGUGUUACAAUAAACUCGUUGGAAGAAUGCUUCACAAAACCAUAUUUUUUAAGGCAGCAUCUGUGGAGGUGGUAAAUAGUGGCAGCUACACUUUGCUUCACCCACAAUUAUUGUCAGGGUCAAACUCCACUUGGAGGAUUUUUACAGACACGAGCUGGAAACUUCUUACAAUGUCCAGCACUUGCGAAGAGCAGCACAGAUGGAUUAGUCUGAAAACAUUGUAAUUAAAUAGCCCUAUUUUGAAUUCAGUACAUUAGGCACUAGUUAAAAAUAAUGUUAUGCUUGAGGUUUCCAGUGAGUAUCUCUGCUUUAUUGUAUUCCAAAGAACUUAAACCCUAGUAAAGGGAAACUGGAUUAAAUCAAAAUAAUAGCAUAAUGUAAGCAAGCAGUAGCAGCUUGAGUGUUUGAAGAAACACUCUAUAGUGUAUGAACUACUUGAAUACAAAUUGGGACAUAAGAGACUGUAUGUAUCAAAUUGUUGUGUAAAGUACUCUUCUUGAACAGCUCACUGGACUAACUAAACAAUAAACACAUUGUGAACAAUUAAA